AUGAGAAUUUUAUCAAGUUUAAUUUUAUUAAUUGCUUUAGCAAUUGCACUUGUUAGUGCCACCAGACCAGUUGUAUUAAUGCACGGUGUUACAACUGGUAAAGAAUCAAUGGAACCAUUAAAAUCUUGGAUUGAAGAAUCUAUUCCAGAUAUUUAUGUUUUAAAUGUUGAAAUUGGAAAUGGUGCAUUUGAUUCAAUUUUCACUACUAUGGAUUCACAAAUUGAAGAAUUUGCUCAAGUUGUCCAAGCCGAUCCAAAAUUAGCAAAUGGUUUCAAUUUAAUUGGUUUCAGCCAAGGUACUUUAAUUGCUCGUGCAUUCGUUCAACGUUAUAAUAAUCCACAAGUAUACAAUUAUAUUAGUUGGAAUGGUCCACAAGGUGGUCAAUUCGGUACUCCAUUUGUUAAUAUUCCAUGGGUUGAUAAGGUACUUGGUACAAUUCCAUAUGAAAAAACUAUUCAAAAGAAACUUUCAGUUGCUGAAUAUUGGAAAGAUCCACAUAGAAUUGAUAAAUAUCUUGAAAGAUCAAUCUUUUUAGCAGAUAUUAAUAAUGAAUAUCAAGUUAAAAAUACAACUUAUAAAGAAAAUCUCACAAAAUUAAAUGCUAUGGUUCUCACUUAUAGUACAAAUGAUAAAACCAUCAUUCCAAAAGAAUCUGGUUGGUUCAGUUUUUAUGCUGAUGGUAGUGGUACAGAAGUUGUUCCAUUACAACAACAAACACAAUACUCUGAAGAUUGGUUAGGUUUAAGAACUCUUGAUGAAUCAAAUCGUCUUUUCUUCUAUACCACAACUUGCACUCAUCGUGAUCACCCAAUUGAAGAUUAUUGCAAACCAUACUUUACAAACUUUACUUUACCAUAUUUACAAAACUAA